AUGUGUGGUAAAGCGUUUACAUAUGCAAAUAAACCAACAUUGGAUAGAAUCGAUAAUGAAAAACCACAUACCAAAGAAAAUUGUCAGUUAAUGUGUUGUUAUUGCAAUGUCGUAAAAUCAAAUAAAGAUGAAGAUGUUCAACGUUUAAGAAUCAAUUUAAGAAAUUACGCAUUAAAAAAUAAUUUACCAAUGACUUUAGAUUCGGUUGAAGCUUAUCACAUUCUCCGUAAUGGAAUUACUGGUGGUUUAUCAAAUGUUCAACAUAGAGUAAAUCUUAAAGGAAUCACGCACAUUAAUAAACUUUCAUAUAGUCCAGAAACUAAAACUGUAUCAAAUGAGGACACCACCAAUAUUAUGACUCAUUUCGUUGGAGUUGACUUUAAUUCAUUAUAUCCUUCAUCAUUUUCAUCUAAUCCUCAUGAUUUCAUUCAAUAUACUGACCAUAAAAUGUAUAUGCCGGGAAGAUUGAAUGGUGUUAUCAUUUGUGAUACAGCAACAAAGAAAGCAAAAGCAGUGGGAAUAAUUAAGAAGAAAAAUACUUUAUUCGUGGCUGAAGUAAAGGGUCACAUUGAUGAAAAAUACAUUAAUGAUUACAUAAACUUUUUACCGAUAAUAAGAAACUUAGAUAUUAUCACAGAUGAAAAAACAAUUGGUAGUUUUAUGUAUAAUUACAUGAAAUCAAACAAUCUACCAGUUGACCAGAAACAGAGGAAAUUAACUCAGUUAGCAUCAACACACAACCAAUAUCAACCAUUUUCUUCUUAUUAUCUAUGGUAUCUAAUCGACAGAUUUCAUUUUAUCAUUGAUGAUAUUCAAUCAAUUUUAACAUUUACUAAAAACACUUGUUUUAAUGAAUUUGCGAACAAAUUUAUGAACGAAAGACAAAAGGCUGAAUUAGAAGGAAAUAAAGGAAAAAGUUUAUUU